AUGAACAAAAUUAAAAGAAAGCUCUUCUCUAUGGAGGCCAUCCUCGAUUCCAGAACUAUAAACGAUCAACUCUAUUUUUUAGUUAAAUGGGCUGGUUAUCCAAUCUCAUAGUCCACAUGGGAAAAAGCAGACAAAGUGCCAGCCGAUUCAAAUAUGAUAUCAGAGUAUAAAAUGAGUGUUCAAAUGCUUGGAAAGACCUUCUAUUUUGAUCCAUUAGAUUAACCUCCUUAAAUAGAGGACUUUGUAGAAGUCCCACCUUAAAAAAGUGAACUCUCCACUUUUAACACAAAACUGAGCGAAUUUUAACAUCAAAUCAAUACUCUCAAAGAUGAUGUUAGACUUAUUUUAUAAACUUAAUUGAGACUCAUUAAAGAACUAAAAAUGUCAAAAAAUGUGAUACAUCACUAUGACCUAUAAAGAUCACCUGCCUCUCAAGACAAACCAUAGUCUAUAUAAUCUGACAUGAUGUAACAAUACUAAUAAUGUGCUUUGAUAAAUUAUGACGGUUCUUUUGAAUAAGGAGAUAAAGUUGAAAAAAUUGGUAGAGCAGUUUAAAUUAAAAAAACUAAAACCAAAAUGUAUUAUAUUUUAUGGAAAAGAAGAAACAAUGGUACAAUUUUUAUAUAAUAAAUAGGUUAAAUUCCUAAGAAUUCAUGGGUUGAGAGUGAAAAAAUCAUAGAGAAUGAACCUGUUAAAGUAUGUCAAUACUUAUGGAAUAAAUUAAUUUGA